UUUAAGGGGAGUAUUUGAUGCGUUAGUCAGGGCUGAGGAUCACCACCAUCACGAUUGCCAUGUUUUCACCGAAGAUCUUUAAGCAUUCUACAAUGACAGGUUUGGUUACAGAUUUCACUGUCCAGGUUAGCAAAAUCAAGGUCAUGCACCAAAACUGUGAGCAUAGAUAAUUGCCAUGCUCAAAGUGCCGUAGCAGAAACUCUGGCAUCCUUCUGCUGACCCCGUGCUUUGCUGAAUGUUUAUGUAUGAGCCGAGGCAGCUUAAUAAGGAGCGCUAGAGAACUUUCUGGGUAUGGGUUUGUUUAGGGCAGUGAGCAAGGUACAAGUGCUUAGAGGGUUUUAGGCAACUGCUGCUGAGUAAUUGAAACCUUUUUGGAGCUGGAGGGCUCAAGGAAAGAGUAGCUAUCUGCAGGCAGUGCUAGUGAGAGCUCACAGCUAUUAAAUAUAUUCUACAAAAAAUAAUUCCCUGCAUAUGAUUCGAACACAGUAAAUAUAUGCAAUCUCAGCUGAAAGAGAAAGGAAGAAAUAAAUAAUUAGGAGCCUUGAAAGGCAGGUGGUUGGGGUUGUUAAGUACCUUUUGCAGUCUUAACAGUGCCAGUGUGAAACCAAGCAAUAGCCAGAAAGCUGAAGGUAGGUUCUGCACAAAGAAUGCCAAAUGUGUCAGUGGUGUUACUGCAAUGCUUAAAGCAGGAACAUAGCACCAAUUAGCAUGAUUAUUUAAAAAGGAGAGAAAAAAGGAGGGGGUGGGCAGGGGACGGGGAGAGCCUGGCUCCUUGCAGUUCCAUCCUUGUGGUGUUCUUCCCCAGGCUCUGCAUUGACGUCACAAUGACACGGUGAAGCUGAAGGCAGGAGCUGGGAACACUUCUUCUGCUGCACUUUUGAUAAUUGGGGGAGUUUGCCACCACUGUGUUCCUUCCAGCAUGGCCAAGAGUGCAGAAGUGAAGCUGGCGAUCUUCGGUCGAGCCGGCGUGGGCAAGUCAGCUCUCGUGGUGCGCUUCCUGACCAAGCGGUUCAUCUGGGAGUACGACCCAACUCUAGAGUCGACAUACCGUCACCAAGCUACCAUUGAUGAUGAAGUGGUUUCCAUGGAGAUACUAGACACAGCUGGCCAGGAGGAUGCCAUUCAGAAAGAGGGACACGUGCGAUGGGGCGAGGGCUUCGUGCUGGUUUACGACAUCACGGACAGAGGCAGCUUCGAGGAAAUGCUGCCGCUUAAGAACUUGUUGGACGAAGUCAAAAAGCCCAAAAACGUCACCCUGAUCCUGGUGGGGAACAAAGCAGACUUGGACCACUCCAGGCAAGUCAGCACAGAGGAAGGUGAAAAGCUGGCCACGGAACUGGCGUGUGCUUUUUACGAGUGCUCCGCUUGCACGGGGGAGGGCAACAUCAUGGAGGCGUUCUACGAGCUCUGCCGCGAGGUGCGGCGCCGCAAGAUGGUCCAGGGCAAGACUCGGAGGCGAAGCUCCACCACCCACGUCAAGCAGGCCAUUAAUAAGAUGCUCACCAAAAUCAGCAGCUAAAAAGAGCUCUCCUAAGCCAGAGAAGUGUUUUAGAGCGUAUUAGCUUGGAGUAGGGAUGGGGCAAGCAGAGCGCGUUUAAUGAGAAGUGGUCAAAUCUUUGCAAUGAAGAAAAAAAACUACAAAAAUACAAACACCGCCACUUUUUUGAGUAACACGGAAUCAUACUAUUUUCCUGUUUUGAAAUGUAUUUAGCCACACUGCUUUGGACUACUGUGGGGAAAAAAAAAAACAAACACCAAAUGAACUCCAAAUGACUAGACAAUUGUGGGGAUUGGCAACCAAGAGUGAAUCUUCUGCUUCUACGUGGCUAGCUCCAAUCCCCUGCAAGUCAGUAGUGCCUAAACAUCACUUCCAGCCAGACAGCUGCUCAGCAGCCAUUGCAGAGUAAGAUUCAGCCCUCAGUCCAUCAACAACCAUCACAACUGGUAUUCUCCAGGACUGAAUAUGUGUAGAGGCUGCUGUGUUGAAACAGAACGUUCACCUGACACCUUCACCAGCUCUGAGUUGGCUCAUUGUAUGCUUUCACUCCUUCCUUGUUAUUUUUGUCAAAUCCAUGAGUGUUGAUCUUCUUAGCAAUGUAUGCAAAAAAUAUAGAAAAGCUCUAUUUCCUGGAGUGUUUAGCCAGCUAGACACACAUUUCAAGAGAGCUAGAGUUCAGCUGCUCUUCCAGCUCCUCUGAAACUGUAGAGUUCUCCAGAAAUAAUCAUCUAGUCCAGCAGCACUUCACCAUUUCCCCCUCAAAGCAUUGCACUGUGCUUGGGGAAAUGGGAGCAUGUGUGCUGGGAAAUCAAACUGAAAAAAAAGAACCAUAUUACUGUUGAUUUAGCUAUGGUUAGUAUUUAGAUUUUGAUUUUUUUUUUGGUCUUUUUUUUGAUUCAAGUAGUUCCUCUUAGUUAGUUUUAUGCCAAAGAACUGAAUUGUUGGGAAGACAAGUAUUUAAAGUCUAAGCCCAAAGGUAAAUCAGAUCUGAAUGGCCACUAUCAUAUCAAAAAAACAUAAUAAAGCAGUGCAGGUUUUUUGUAACUUUUAUCUGGCACAUUGAAGCGGAAACACAUUUUAUCAGAUUUUGGUGCCUGGGAUAAAAGGUGUCCAAUGCUUUCCUUCUCCUUCAUCAUCUCAUUCAAGUCAGCUGCCAAGUUUUGCCUCUGUCAAGAUGGUUUCUUAACUGCUAAAAGAUGCAAGAACCAAGAUUGGAAGCUUUUAAUUCGGACUGUGCUGGUCUUCCACCAGUGGUGUAGCAUCCCUUUGGGCAGCUCAGACUAUCAACAUGUAGAACCACAACCAAGAGUUGGGAUGACAAAUUGGCAGUGUUCUCCUUUGAGGAACAGCCCCCUUGGAGCAUUUGCUUAUAGCUUUACUCUCCAGUGCUUUGUACUUAAUGUGGUUAUUUGCGAGGAAAUAAGUCCAAAAGCCUACCAAAUGCAAAUUGCCACAGGUGUAGGAAAGUGAGUAAAUCUAUCUGGCUAUCACUUUGUAGAGCUAUAGGUAGCCAUAUAAGUGGUGAAACAGGCUGAAGAGGCAGAUCUGUAUAUCCAUGCAAACAGAGAAAUGUUCCAAAUUACGACUUCUAUCAAAAGUAUUCACUUAAAGGUAUUUUACCAAAGUACUUUUUUAGAAAAUCUUUUCCCUAACCAGCAAAGAACAUCACGUUCAGAUGUAUAUUUUAUUUGGGCUGUUGUUUGUUUUCUCUGCUUCUGUAUUCUAGGUGGUAAAAACUCAUUUCACUGUCCUGGAAUGUCUAUAUUUUGGUCCUCAUAUUCACGUGUGCUGCUGUCCAUCAGCUGGACACACUGCAAUGGAAACUCCACCAUGUGCUUUCUGGGCAGGGGGUCCUUGCAACAAGCCUCUGUGAUACACUUGUUCCCAAACUACUCAUCAUAUCAUUAACUUUUUUAAAAAAGAAAAAAAAAAUUAAAAAAGAGAAAAAUAGAGGUUUUGCCAUUUUUAGUAUUGUAGAAUCAACACAAGUGUAAAAGAGUGAGCUAGUGCCUAUUCACAAACCAGAAUUCUUUAGCUGAGGGACUGAACUUGCCAGAAAUAUAGUUACAUUAGGAGCCAGAGUGAGCAUUUGCAAGUUGAAGCACUGGGGUUCUGUUAUCUUUCAAAUCAGUGCUGGUACACGUAUCUGAAGUAAACAAAAUCCUUACCUGCAAUCCCAUGGCAACGUAGUCAUGUCUUCGCUUUGGUAUGCUAAGCAAUCGGUUCAUCCCUCUUAGAAAACCUCAACAGUUCUUUUAUCUGAAAAUCCUUUCUUGGGGUUCAGCUUGGAGCUGCAUUUAAAAUACAAAAAGGUUCUAUAUGAAUGACAAGAGAAAAUAAUUAAUCAUAUCCAUACGAGGAGAGAUGAAAGGAAGGAGAGGCUGAGUUACAGCCCGCAUACUUUCCAAAAGAUUUCCAGCAAAUUAUAUCUUCUUUUGUAACAUCUGUGUGGAUAAAUUAUAAAAUCCUGGUGAAAAUAAAAUGUUCCACUGUACAAAUAUCCCUUGUUACAUAAAGAACCUACAAUAAAAAUAGUAACAUUCCUUCU